AAAAAACACAAUCUAGACUAUCAAUAGCCUCUCUCUCUCUCUCUCUCUCUCUCUAAAAAAUUCUACAUCUCUCUCUCUCUCACACAAAAACACCGAAAACACACACACAUAUCAAACAGAAGAAGAUCAAAUGAACAGCAGUAGCAACAACAGUGUGGAAAUGGGUGGUAGCGAAGAAGAUGAUCAAAUGAACAUGAUGGAAGACCUCAGAAGAGGCCCUUGGACUGUUGAAGAAGAUUUUACUCUCAUCAAUUACAUCGCCCAUCACGGAGAAGGUCGCUGGAACUCGCUCGCUCGAUGCGCUGGACUCAAAAGGACCGGAAAAAGUUGCCGGUUAAGGUGGCUGAAUUAUCUCCGACCAGAUGUUCGACGGGGAAAUAUUACUCUCGAAGAACAACUUAUGAUUCUUGAACUUCAUUCUCGUUGGGGCAAUAGAUGGUCAAAAAUAGCACAACACUUGCCGGGAAGAACUGACAACGAGAUCAAGAAUUAUUGGAGAACAAGAGUUCAAAAACAUGCAAAACAAUUAAAAUGUGACGUGAAUAGCAAGCAAUUUAAGGACACCAUGCGGUAUCUUUGGAUGCCACGCCUCGUGGAGCGGAUACAGGCGGCUGCCACCACGACCACCACCACCACCACCACAGGUUGUUCGUCCUCCUCCACCACCACCACCACUUCUACAGGAGCUACCACAAACUCCUACCCACUCAACCAAAGUAACAAUAUAGAUAAUAUUGUUACAAGCCAAUUGGUAAUGCCCCAAGGCCAUAACAACUGUGGCAACAUGUCAUCAAAUUUCCGAAAUACCCAAAUCACCCCUAGCUACACACCCGAAAACUCAAGCAACACCGCAGUCUCACCUGGCUCCGACAUGACCGAUUGCUACUUUCCAGCGAACCAUAGCCUAAACCAAAAUUUUAUUCAACAAAACAAUCCGAUUGGUAACGAGUUUACCGACACCUUGAUUAGCCCGUCGGGUUACUUUAAUCCAUGGAUGGAUUACCAAUCUAUGAUAGAGCAAAACAACCAGUGGUCCGAGGGUGGCAACCGUGGUGAUGAUCUCUCCGAGAAUAUGUGGAACGCGGAAGAAAUUUGGUUUCUCAAACAGCAAUUCAACAUGUGAUCAAAUGAUAACAAGAGAAAGAUUAAUUUUAUGAUGUACACAUUAUUGGGUUAGAAAUCUUACAAAAACUUGUGAGAUA